AUGGUUCAGAGGGGCCAAACUUUCUGUGGUCAAGUUAUUGUUAACUUCUUAUUGCUGUUUAUUUGUAACACGGUCUUUGGGACUGCGACAGAUAUCUUCUGCCUGAAAAGCAUAAAAGAUUCUCUUGGAGAUCUAUAUGGUUAUUUGAAGUCUUCAUGGGAUUUCAGCAACAGCAGAGAAGGACUUAUCUGCAGAUUUACUGGGGUUGAAUGUUGGCGCCCUAAUGAGAACAGAGUCUUAAAUCUCAAGUUGUCAAACAUGGAACUCAAGGCCCAGUUUCGUCGUACCAUUCAAAAUUGCUCCAGCUUAACAGGAUUAGAUCUCUCAAUGAACAAACUUUGUGGGAAAAUUCCUGCAGAUGUUGAUGUUCUUCUUCCAUUUGUGACAACUCUUGAUAUAUCUUCCAACAACUUUUCUGGGAGAAUCCCCAAGAGCGUUGCAAAUUGCAGCUAUCUGAAUUACCUUAAACUCGAUCAGAACCAACUCAGUGGGCGAAUUCCCGGAGAAUUGACCCCCCCUACAAGGCUCAAGACAUUUAUUGUGACCAACAAUCUUUUGACAGGUCCAGUUCCAAAGAUUCCACAUGUCCCAGCUGAGAGUUAUGCAAAUAAUUCAGGACUCUGUCACCUUGCCACAGCAAUCAAUUAUAUUCUUGAAAACUUCCCCGACGACCCACCCAGAACCCAUGAAUUCAUGGGUAAAUGCGAGUUCCAAUUCCUCCGGAAACCUCCGGGCGGACCGAACCGCCGGUUGUGCGAUGCUUGUGGGUGCGACAUCCGAGGGUUUCUGUACCAUGAUAUGCGCAGAAACGUGCAUGACUUGCACCCUCGUUGCCUGAACCUUAAGAGAACAAUUUCUGAUGACAGUGGCAUGAAGCUGAAACUUAAGGACAAAGUGCCUUCCAACUCCGUGUGUGUCAAAUGCAACAGGAAGGAUCUAAAUGUGGCGACCAAAGGGCCCUUCAGAGGUUGGUGCUACAUGUCCUUUUGUGGGAACUAUUGUUACCAUGUUUUUUGUUUGAAGAAGAAAUUGAUUCUAGAUAACUGGGAAAGGGGCUAUUUCAAUGUCGCUUCUUCUUCUUCUUCUUCUUCAAGCUUGGUCGUCAGAACUGGACGCUCAUCAAGAAAUACGAGAGUGCCAAGUGAUGGAAGCUUGGUCACAUCAGCCCCAAGCCCGUCGACUUCGUAUUCCACUCCUAAGGGGUUGUUCCCGGUGGCGAUGGUAUUUCUUGCUGGUCUAAUAUCACUAUACUUGUCUGAAAAUCCAGUUGAAUUUUUUAAGGUUUUAGCUGAUGUGUUAGUGAAAGUUUUGCCUCGCUCUUAA